AUGGGUAAAAUACCGUUCGUUGUUGGCGGAACUUAUGAAAAGGGGUUCUUUCUAAUAUUCAUCCGCUGCGCAUUAAAAAUAUGGGCUAUUGGGUUAUUUAGGCGGGAACUGCAGUUCAGUCGAAUUGCGUUCUCUGUGAAGGUUGUUGUUGCUUCAAUGUCAGUCGUAAAAGAUACAAGAUAUUUGGUAGUUGAGUUCCCUAAAGGGCCUAAGGAAACAACGCCCGCAGUGGAAACCGUUCCAGCAAGCUGGGUUAACGAACAGGAAUUGAUAUCUAAAUGGCCUAAUGGGAAACCUAACGAAGUAUCCAAAGCCAUUAACGAGAUGUAUACCCCUCAGAGUACAUGGAGCUCUUAUAGAUUGUCAAGAAUUCUGUAUAGAUGUGAUAAUUUAUUAACAGCAAAACAAAGAGCAAAAGAUGCUGAAUUAAAUUCAGUAAGCGAAUCAAGCCAUUCGGAUGAGCUUCGACAUAAAAGAAGAAAAAGGAGGGGAAAUCCUAGAUACUUAAGUGAUGAAAGCUCUAGCACAGAUGAAACAUCGGUAGUGGAUGAUCCUUCAAAACCAUCCUUUUACGAUACCACCCCUGCAAUCCCCAACUUCCUUUAUUUUAAGCGUAAAAAUCAAGGAUCGGCAGGAUUAUCAAGUUCCAGCCUGCACUUUGAUGAUACUGAGAUGAGCCCAACUCAUUUUUCUCAGUCAAGUGCAACAUCUCCCAGUAUAAUAAGUGCAGGAAAAGCAAAUAUGUCAAGGAAUUCACCUGUUUCAGUCGCGGCAACGCCUAACAAAGCACCCCUGGAUACCAGUCAACAUAUGAUGCCUAUGCCUUCCAGUCAACAUAGGCCUGUGCCUGAAAAAAUCUAA